AUGAUCAGAGACCACGUUUGUUGUCCUAGAGAAAAAUUUGUAGAAGCUUUAGAGUUCCAUGGAUGCGAGACAUGGGGUCUUACCAAAUCAAUAAGCUCUUAUAUCUUCCCACGUGAAUGGUAUUCGAAUCUCCCUAACUUUAAAUCCUCGUACAAUGGUUCUUCCAACGGAUUGAUUUGGAUUACCCUCUUCUUCGGCUACACGACGGAUAGAGAUUACAUACAAUUUGUGGGUAAUCCAGUGUUACAACAGUGGGUUGAAAUCCGUCCGCCUCUGUAUUUAGAUAGACCUUCUUUGUCUUGUUUGGUGACCCGAGUAGAAAAUGGCGUCGUUUUGGAUUUCAAAGCGGUUUGGUUGGAUUGUGAAAGUCGCAUAGGCUUGUGUGCAAAUGUGUAUUCUUCUGAGACAGGGAAAUGGACUUACAACAUGCCACUUCAAUGCUCUCGUCCCAUCGCAAAUGCUUUUACUGAUCAUCCUGUGGCCAUGAGUCUCAAUGGGACGCUUUAUUUGUGCGAAUGUGAAAGGUUUGGUGUCAACUCUGGUUACAUUGUAGCUCAUGACUUUUAUGCUUCUGGCCCUGGAGCUGAUCAAUGUCAGGUUAUACCUCUCCCUGAUAAUCCGGAUAAGGAUUACUAUAGGAGAGCUUUGACUACUUCAGGAGGAGAUGUAAUGUUCAUUGAGAUACUGUCUCAAGGCCAAAGAUUGAAGCUUUGGAAGCUGGAGAACAAUGAAUGUACGAGUGAUUCAGGGGACAUGUGGAAACUUUCUUGGGAAAUCAAUAGUGUGUCUUUCGGGUAUGGUGGUGGGGAUUACUUUCCUAUGGCAAUGAACCCUUUUGAUACUGAUCUCAGCUACCUAUGGAGUGAAGAACAACGUUGUUUGGUAUCAUUUAACUUGCGGACACACGAGUUUAUUGUCCAACGAGAAACGGAAUCUUGUCUCGUAAACACAUACAUGUUUAAGGAGUAUGUGGAAGAUAUCAUUCACUGUAUUAGUGAUUAUGUGGUCAUGAUACCUCAAUUUGUGCUCCCACGGUGGAUGGAAUCGGUACCCGGUCCCCGAACUGAUAUCACCGCUUUCUUACUUCAUUUCGACAUUGCGGUUUUAUAUCCCUUUCGUUAA